GCGCGCGGGGCGAGGACGGCGCGCGGGGUUUCGCGAUGGUGGACCUCGACCCAGAAGUAUCGAGCGGAUACACGUGCCUGAAUGAGCUCGAGAACCCCGGAGCAGGCGCCACCGCCCUCGGAGUGUUCUCGAUCCUGUUCUCGACUUGCGUCGGAAUUCCGCAGGCGUACAAGAUCUGGCGCCUGAAGAGCAGCCGCGGCGUCAGCUUUCUCACCCUCGGUCUGGGCAACAUCGGAAGCUUCCUGUACGUGCUGAACCUAGUCAUCCUGCACUACAACCAGAUCACCCUCUCGCUGUCUCGGGACUUCACCUUCUGGGUGAGCGCGCAGCGGAGCCUCACCUUCGUGUGGGUCGAAUUGUUCAACGCGCUGAGCAUGCUCUGCAUCUACCCCAUCGCGUCGCUGUACGUGGUGGACGAGCCGUGCCCGGUGAAGAUACCGAGCCUGGGCAUCAACACCGUGUAUAGCAUGAGGGACGCGGUGUACUACGGCUUCCUGGUGCAGGUGGGCGUGGUCUUCGUGGCGUGGCUUCCCGCGGUGUUUGUCUUCUCCGUCGACGGUCGAUGCGAACCGCUCGCGCUGUACGGCAACUUCGUGGGCUUCCUCGUCGGGCUCAUCAUCGUGGUCAAGUUCCUGCCCCAGCUGCGGGAGAGCUGGUACGCGCGCGGGUCCUACUCCCUCAGUUACCUGACGUACGGCGUGGACGCAGCCGCGGGCAUCGUCGCGUGGGCGCAGAAGGUUUUCGUCACCAACGAGCGCGUCAGCAGCUGGCUCCCCCCGCUCUUUCUCCACGCGCUGGAGAUUUUCGUGCUCUGCCUCAACUUUUACCACGACAGGGCGGGGCAUCAGGACAUGUCCCGGAGGCACGGCCCAGGGCACGACGCGCACCGGAGACGAGCCAGCGGGGACGAACGGGACGACGACCCGGAGGCGAGGUACCACCACCCGGGCCGGGGCACCGCGGCGCCGCUGGGGUACGUGGACGACGGGGGAUACGGCGCCGGGAGGGGCACCGGCGGGGGGGGGAGGGACUGGGACACGCAGAGGCUGCUGCGGCCGCUGUCCCCGAGCGGGAUGCGGCGGCAGAGGUCGUUCACGGACUUUCUCUGAAUCUUAAAGUAGUCUGUAUAUCGU